AUGAGCCGAGAAAUGGAAAUCGAAACGGAGAAGAGAUGUUGUUUCAGGUGGGAGGCCAAGGGAGCCGCCCAACGUUCUUCGAGAUGGCGGCGGCGGAGCAGCUUCCGGCCAGCCUCCGCGCCGCACUCACAUACUCAAUCGGCGUGUUAGCCUUGCGACGACCCUUCCUCCACAGAUUCCUAGACUACGAAGACGAAUCCUUCGCCUUCCUCAUGCUCCUCCUCGAAUCUCACAGUUUACGAACCACCGAUGCUUCUUUCUCUGAAUCGCUGUAUGGACUUCGAAGAAGACCAGCCAAUGUCACUGUUGAUACUAGCGAUAACGCUGCAGCUACCACUGCCACUGCUUCUGGGUUACACAGGCGCCAGAAAGUUCUUUCUGUUGUUUUUCUGGAACGUUGGUUUUGUGUUUGUGUUUGUGUUUGUGUUUGUGUGUUUUUUCAGGUUGUGUUGCCAUAUUUGAAAUCUAAGUUGCAUACAAUCUACAACAGAGAAAGGGAAGCUAGGCUUCAGGCUACUCUUUGGGGAGAUGAUAAUGAAGCUGGAGUAGGAGGUUUUGAACAGGAUUCACUUGUUUCCACACCAACCUUGGAUGCCCAUGCCUCCAUUGCCGCACGGGUCCGAAGCAGAGUUCAGAAAUUUGUUGGAUUUUGCUACCCAUGGUUGCAUGCUAGCACUGAGGGUAUGCAUUUCACUUACAAGAUGUUAUACCUGUUGGAUGCUACUGGAUUCUACUCUCUAGCACUGCAUGUGCUCCGGGUUCAGGUCUGCCGAGCUACAGGGCAAGAGCUGAUGGAUACCUCUUCUAGAAUUUCAAAGAUGCGUAGCCGUGAACGUGAGAGACUUCGUGGCCCGCAAUGGUUGAAGACAUUGCAAGGAGCAUUACUCAGCUGUUCAUACACUGUACUUGACUAUGCACAAACCGGAUUGAUUGCAGCAGUGUUCUUCUUUAAAAUGAUGGAAUGGUGGUACCAGUCUGCUGAGGAGAGAAUGUCAGCUCCAACAGUAUAUCCUCCUCCCCCUCCACCUCCUCCACCAAAGGUAGCAAAAGAAGGGGUACCGCUACCCCCAGACAGAGCAGUUUGCCCCUUGUGUUUGCAGAAGCGUGUAAAUCCAUCUGUAAUUUCAGUUUCAGGGUUCGUCUUCUGCUAUGCUUGUGUAUUCAAGUAUAUUUCUCAGUAUAAGCGCUGCCCAGUGACGCUGAUGCCUUCAACAGUUGACCAGAUAAGGAGACUCUUUCAUGAUGUAUAGGCCUCACAGUUGGAGCAAACCUGCUUGAAUUGUUGCCAUGAGUAGAUGCGUAAAAGAUUCAUUACGAUUGUUGUACUAAUGUAUAUUACUUUGGUAGUGUUAGAGAGGCUAUGUAAGAGGGGCAUCAUUUUUGUUACUGCCCUCUUAUUUAUUCGUACACAGUUCUAAAAUAAAAACACGAUUUCAAUGCUUCUUUUUCAA